UAAUGGGGAUCUUUGAGCCAGGUACGAUCCAGGGGGGAUUUUAUUUAACAAUGUAGUCAAAUUAUUAAACAUGCUAUUUCAUUACGUUUUGAAAGUAACUACUUAAAACAAUAACAUGUUCCACAUAAGAACAGUAGCCACAUUUUUCAGGCGUGCACAUGUCCGUAGCGACGAGAUCCGGCGACUACGCCGUACGCUGGUUAUGCGGAGGCCUCAACCCAACUAGCUACCACGCGCCAAGAUUCAAUAUGCCUUACUUGCCUUACGUCGCCUACGAAGUUGAGCUGGUUGACUGCAACAUUGCUUUGGACUCUUCUUACAGUGGUAUGUAAUGUCGCCACUAUUUCCACUCGCUCAUAUGUUCGUAGCGACGAGAUCCGGCAACUACGCCGCACGCUGGUCAUGCGGAGGCCUCAACCCAACCGGCUACCUCGCGCCACGAUUCAAUAUGCCUUACUUGCCUUACGUCGCCUACGAAGUUGAGCUGGUUGACUGCAAUAUUGCUUUGGACUCUUCUUACAGUGGUAUGUAAUGUCGCCACUAUUUCCACUCGCCCAUAUGUUCGUAGCGACGAGAUCCGGCGACUACGCCGUACGCUGGUCAUGCGGAGGCCUCAACCCAACCGGCUACCUCGCGCCACGGUUCAAUAUGCCUUACUUGCCUUACGUCGCCUACGAAGUUGAGCUGGUUGACUGCAACAUUGCUUUGGACUCUUCUUACAGUGAUCUCUUUAUGGACCUAAAUAUUAACAGCAAGUACGUCAAAACCCUCACUAUCAGUUCAAGCGCGACACGACCCCAAAACAGCCAAUGGUUUUCGACGAAUUAUCUUGAAAAAAUGAAAAAUGAAGCUACAAGUAAGAACUGGCUAACUGAUGCUGCCGCCGAUUUGCCUAAAAUUUUCUUGGAACAUUUAACUUUGAGAAGAAUUCCAAUGACCAUUGAACAGUUUAUAAGUAUACACAAUAUUACAAGCUUGACAUUAGUCGAUACUGGUCUCGAAGAAGUAAUGAAUUUAGAAGAAUUUCCUAACUUGAAACGACUAGAGUUACGAGAGCCAUAUUUGCUAAAUGCAGAAAAGCUAAACGCUUCAAGUAUUGAGGAGCUGGUUCUUCACGCUCCUGAUGCUGGACUAGCUGCAAUGCCUCAGUUACGCAACGCUACCUUUAUAGAAGUUUAUAUGAUGGGCAGGUUAUUUGGCAACUGCACAAACUUAGAGCAUCUAGCUUUGAUAGAUGGGACGCUGUCUGUACUCCCAGAUCAUUGGCUAGUAGGAUGCAGUGCGCUGAAAAGUUUGAAGUUGACACAAUUGCGGAAUCUAAUAGAAAUACCUGGGGAUCUUCUAGUGGAUACCACUGAGCUGCUGUACCUUGACCUCAGUCACAAUAGCUUGGAAACCAUGCCUGAGGGUCUGCUGAAACAUACCAGAAGCUUGGAGUAUCUCGACGUUAGUGACAAUCAUUUAAAGACCCUUUCUGCAAACCUCCCGGUUUCCCUUAAAUAUGUGUAUGCAUGUGGAAAUGACCGCUAUUCCUUUUGGUUGAUAUCCCAAGAAUUAAUUAAUUUAGAGGACUUUGAUUGCAUAGAAAUUACAGUGCAAUCUUGAUAGCACGAGGUUCAAGGGAAACGCCGAAUCAUGUUAUCUUCCUGUAUUAUACUUCAUGAUUUGUUAACGACUUAGAAACCACGGCCUAAACGAAGUUUCGGUUCGUUUAAGAUAAUUUCGUGCUACAGAGGUUAAAAAUAACAAGAAAUCGUAAUGCAGAGGAAUCACAAACGUAAUAUGUUCAUUAAUGCCAAGUUCAAAAAAGCCAAGAAAAAAAUAAAAAGUUUUUUUUUAAUGAAAACGAGACAGAUUUUCCCCUGUUUUGUUUUCAAGUAUGAAAUAUUCCAUUGUUAUAGGUAUGAUAACUUGACACUUUGUAAGUAAUUUUGAUUUUAAAUGGAAAAAGUAGACUUGUUUAAUUGUGAUCUUAAGACUCGUUACUUACCUACUAAUUUGAAAUAAAGCUAUACAAAUUUCUUA